CACAAAUCUUGUGCGAGAAGAAUAUGGAAACAUCGGACAGCAAAUGUGUACUUUCGCUGCUUCUGUUAGUCAUCUGUCAACUAGUGGAUGUGUCACAAACCUAUGGAUUCAGAUCCCAAAAGAAGCUUGCAGAAAAUAUAGACUGGUCCUAUGCAGGAACAUUAAACCAAAACAGAUGGCACAAGAAAUACCCAUCAUGCAACAAUGCCAAGCAAUCUCCGAUAAACAUCGAGGAGAGCCUGGCACAGGUCAAAGCUCAGUUUGAGAAGUUGAGCUUCGAAGGCUGGGAGAAGCAGACCUCAGAGUUCACUACAGUAAAAAAUGAUGGCAAGACAGUGACAAUAGAUGUGGGUGGUGAAUUCAAUGUAAGUGGAGGGGGGUUGAGUUCCACGUUUAGGGUGGGCCGCAUUACUUUUCACUGGGGUCGCUGCAAUGCAUCCUCUGAUGGCUCUGAGCAUGGCCUCAAUGGAGUCAAAUUCCCUUUGGAGAUGCAGAUAUAUUGUUAUGAAGCCCGUCAUCAUCAAACUAUAGAUGAUGCCCUGAGGUCUGGAGGACAGAUUACUGCUCUUGCUGUAUUGUUUGAGGCAAGUGUUGAAGAUAAUGAAAACUACGAAGCCAUCAUUGAUGCUGUCAACAGUGUCAGCAGAUAUGGAAAGAGUAGUAGUGUAUCUCCGUUCAUCCUGCAAGGCCUCUUGCCCAAUUCCACAGAGAAGUACUUCAUCUAUAAUGGCUCGCUCACGUCUCCUCCUUGCCAUGAGACCGUGGAGUGGAUUAUCUUUAAAAACACAGUGGCCAUCUCUGAAUCACAGUUGGAGAUGUUCUGUGAGGUAAUGACCAUGCAGCAGGCUGGAUAUGUGAUGCUGAUGGACUACCUGCAGAAUAACUACAGAGAGCAACAGCCUCAGUUCAUGGGCCAGGUCUAUUCUUCAUACACCGGCACUGAAGAGAUCCUCACACCCAUUUGUAGCUCAGAGCCAGAGAAUGUGCAGGCAUAUCCACACAACUACACAGGUCUGCUAGUGAUGUGGGAGAGGCCGCGAGCUGUGUAUGAUGCAAACAUAGAGAAAUACUCAGUCACCUACCGGCAGGCACAAGGAGAUGAUCCACCUACGCUUGAUUACCUUACUGACGGAGACCAGGAUGUGGGAGCCAUCAUCCAGGACCUGGAGGCCAACACCAGCUAUGUGGUGCAGGUGGUGGCUGUGUGCACUAAUGGUCUGUAUGGGCGUCAGAGUGAUCAGCUGAUAGUGGACAUACCCGUGAUUGACCCUGAAACAGACCCUGACCCCUUUGAAUUUGAUGAAGAGGAGGACUAUCUGAGUACCCCCUUGUGGGUCCAGCCUAAUUCAAAGCAAGCAUCCUAUCCAGUGCAAACCACUACAACCCACCCCAGGUUUACUACAACUGAGCGCCAUGUCCCUCCAUUAUUUGGCAAAAAAACAACCCCAGUGUCCACUGAAAAUCAUUAUCAGGGCGUUUCUGUAAAACACACUUCCCAACCCACCACCAUGACCUCUUCCACUCCUCUGACUACUGUCAGCUUUACUAAAACAAAACAGCCUUUUCUUCCGGUCUUCGAUAGUAAAACCACCCCAACAUCCACUGAAAACCAUUCCCAGGGCAUUCCAGUUAAACAGACUACCCAUUAUACCCCUAUUAAUACGUUAACAUUUAUAACCGCAGAGCAGCCUGUUCCUCCAGUCUUCAAUAUUAAAACAACCCCAGCAACCACUGAACACCAAGACUAUCUAGAAAAACACCCUGCCCAACCUACCACCAUGACCCCUACAACUAACCUUAACACAGAUUUACUCACUUCUGAAUCAGAUUAUAGCAGCAUAGCACCAAGUGUGGUCUCACAAGAUAAUGAUCUCAGUGACAGCUCUGUGGGUCUUAGAGUGAAAAUUAGUCCACAUGACGCAGAAGCCACAUCAACUUCAAUGGCAGAGGAGGGGGAGUUCACUGUCGCACAUGGCUAUGAGGAGAGCCCUAUUACUGCUACAGAUCCAGCCUCCUCCUUCCUCCCCACAGGGGUCCAAGUUCAAACUACAACUCCCACUGUGCCUCUCCCCAUGACUGCCACUGCUUCUGGUGAUGUUCUCUCACCAGAGUUCAAUGGUGAGAACUCUCCCAUUGCGACCCUUGUGUGUGACUCCCAGCUCUGCCUGCAUGCUAUACCUGUGUCCACCCCCUCUAGCUCUGUGUUGUCUGAGUCUGCGUCUACCCCAGACUGGGAUAUCCCGUAUACUACACCAUCUGUCCCCCACCUGUUCUCCUACUCUGCACUGUCCAGCUCUCCCUCCAGCUCUGUGUCUUAUUGGGAUGUGGAAACUGUCUCUAGUGGUGAUGAUGGUGAUGAUGGUGACAUGUUGUCUGGGUCGGCCUCAGGUGCCACCCUGUGUAAUAGUACUCUCCCCCUUCAAACAUUACCUGACUCAACUGACUCUGAAAUUUCUGUGAGGUUCAACUUAGAGCAGGAUAUCUCUCACAUCUCCAAGAUCCUUAGCACUAUCUCUCCUUCUCUGCAGCCGUCAGGUGACUUCUCUAGCGACUACUCUUCUUUCUUCACCUCCUCUCUCUCAGAUAGUGUGGAGUGGGCUGAUUUUUCUGUGGUACCUCUCACUGUUGGUCAAGGUGGUGAUGCCCCUUGCAUCUCAUCGUAUAUUCCAAGUUCUAUGUAUUCACUGUCUUUAUACCUAACGCCCUCUUCAUCAAUAAGUGACAUGUCCUUCUCCACUGUUGGAACUGAUGGGUUCAGUGAAACAACCUGGGACCUAUUUCCUCCCAUUGAGCCUUCUAGUGACCUGCAAUUCUCUGUUACAGCCAACAUCAAUGGCAUCAGAAGCAGUGAAAGUUCCCAGGCCCUGGGAGGCUCUGUUCCCUUGGAGCCCCCCACAGUAUUGCCAACCUCAAUCCCAGACGCUACCUCAUUACUCACAAACUCAGCUGAUGGGUUUCUGGACAGCAGUGCCUCAGGCUGGGUGGUGGAUCAAGAUUGGGCUCAGAGCUCAGCUUCAGGAGAUGAGAGUCCUGCUCCUUCCUCACCCAGUGUCUUCACCACUGAAGGAUUAGCAGAGGAUCUGGAGUCAGAGGGACAUUCUUCAUCCUUCUAUUUUGAGAGUGUGAAUGUGACAGAGAGACAGACUACCAUAUUUGGUGUUUCCCCUCGCCCCACCCCCCCCUUGGCUCUGGGGAGUGUGGGAGAAGAACACAGCGGAUCAGGAGAGAGCCUCACAGAUAAUGAGACGUCCUCUGAUUUCAGUAUCCCAGAGCAUGCUGACAGAGACUCAAAGGAAGAACCAGUGGAAGAUGUCAGUAACAGUAGUCAUGAGUCUUGGGUGGGUCUGGUGUCCAGUGUGGAGCAUCAGAGGAAGGCUGUGGUUCCUCUGGCCGUGAUCUCGACCCUCACCUGCCUCUGCCUUAUCGUACUAAUUGGCAUUCUCAUCUACUGGAGGAUGUGCUUUCAGACUGCUCAUUUCUACAUAGACGACAACACGUCCCCUAGGGUCAUAUCCUCCUCUCCUCCUAUGCUAAGUUACACAGAUGAGCAUGAAGCUCUUUCAGUGGAGCAGUUUGUCCAACAUGUUACAGAACUUCAUGACACCAAGUCCUUCUGCAGAGAGUUUGAAAUAUUGAAAGAGUAUUUUGAGGAGAUUCAGUCAUGUACUGUGGAUCUUGGAACUACAGCGGACAUCUCCAUUCACCCAGAUAACAAGAGCAAGAACCGAUAUGUCAACAUUUUAGCCUAUGACCACAGUAGAGUCAGACUCUCACCCCACACUGAUACAGAUGGAAAGAGUGAAGGGGACUAUAUCAAUGCCAACUAUGUGGAUGGUUUUAAUAAACCGAGGGCCUACAUAGCAGCUCAGGGCCCCCUGAAGUCGAGCACUGUGGACUUCUGGAGGAUGGUGUGGGAGCAGAAUGUUGGCAUAAUCGUCAUGAUCACAAAUCUGGUGGAGAAAGGCAGAAGAAAAUGUGACCAGUACUGGCCUUUGGAGAGCCAAGAAGAAUAUGGCCAUUUCCUUGUGACUGUUAAGAGCACCAAGAUCAUGGCUUACUACACCCAAAGAACCUUCACCAUACGAAACACACAUUUAAAGAAGGGUUCUCAGAAAGUUUGUGCUAAUGAGAGGACGGUAGUGCAGUACCACUACACACAGUGGCCGGAUAUGGGUGUGCCUGAGUGUGUCUUGCCUGUACUCGCAUUUGUCCGCAAGUCCUCUAGAGCCUGGACUGAGGACAUGGGGCCCAUACUGAUACACUGCAGUGCUGGUGUGGGGCGAACAGGCACCUACAUUGUCCUGGACAGCAUGAUGAAGCAGAUCGAAGAGCAGGGUCUGGUGAACAUCAUAGGCUUUCUCAAACACAUCCGCACUCAGAGGAACUACCUGGUGCAGACUGAGGAGCAGUACAUCUUCAUCCAUGAUGCAUUGGUGGACGCAAUCCUAAGUAGAGAGACAGACGUGCCCUCUAGCCGUGUUCAUAGUUAUGUUAACGACCUGCUCACCACCGGCCCUUCAUGUAUAACAUGCCUGGAAAAGCAGUUUAAGCUGGUGAAUCGGCCCAGUACCAAGCAGGAUGAUUUCACUGCUGCUUUAAAAGACUGCAACAAAGACAAGAAUAGGAGCUCCUCGUUGAUACCUGUGGAUAGAUACAGAGUGUGUUUGUCUACAACAUCAGAAGAGACCUCAGACUACAUCAAUGCUUCUUACAUUAUGGGAUAUCAGCACAGCAGUGAGUACAUCAUUACCCAGAAUCCUCUGCCAAGUACAGUGAAGGACUUCUGGAGGAUGAUUUGGGACCACAACGCCCAGGUCAUCGUCUCACUGCCUGAUGGCACCGGCAUGUCAGAGGAGACAGAGCCGGUGAUGUUCUGGCCCAGAAGAGACCAGUCUAUUAGCUGUAACAUGUUCACAGUGUCCUUAAGAGGGGAGGAACAUGUGUGUCUGUCUAAUGAGGAGAUACUGAUUGUACAGGAUUACAUCCUAGAAGCUUCUCAGGAUGACUACAUUCUGGAAGUGAGGCAUUACCGCGCUCCUCGCUGGCCAAACCCAGACAGUCCAAUCAGCAAGACUUUUGAGAUUAUCAGCGUAAUUCGAGGGGAGCAGGCCACUAAAGAGGGGCCCAUUGUUGUACAUGAUGAUUGUGGUGGUGUGACGGCUGGGACAUUCUGUGCCCUCUACACCCUGCUCCAGCAGCUGGAGGCUGAAGGCUCUGUGGAUGUUUAUCUGGUGGCCAAGAUGACAAACCUGAUGAGGCCUGGGAUCUUCACCGACAUUGAACAGUACCAGUUCCUCUACAAAGCCAUUUUGAGUCUGGUCAGCAUCCAAGAAGAUGAAAAAGCCCUCCAGUCCUGCAGAAACACCACAACAUUCCCAGGAGGCACUACAAGUACCGCAGACAGUCUGGAAUCCCUAGUGUAACCAUAGUAAUGUGUGUAUGCAGCUCUCACAGAUCUUUUCCCUGCUGCUCCCUUUUUUUUUUUCUUUUUUUUUUACCUGAUUACAUCCCACAUGCACAUGAGCUCACCAAACACAGUGCCACCCUGGAACUUGACAUGUGCCUUUGUGCAUUCUUUACUAAUCUGAGUUUAACUUUAGACUUAUAUAUGGCUUAUCCUUGUACUAACAUCUUACUAAUUUUUCAAAGGAAUUUCAUAUUUAUUGGCAUUACAGCUCCUUGAAAGGGCAAGGUCACUUGUUAAUAAGGCUUAUUUUAGAGCAUAGAUUGUAGCAAACAAGAGCCACAUUGUUUUUUUUGUUGUUGUUGUUUUUUUUUUUUUUUACAUAAUGUAAAUACAAAGACUGUGGCUUUUUCAGUCACACUUUUCAAACAAGAAAAUGAAAUAAUAUUCUAAUUUGUAAAUAUUAUAGCAACCAAGUCAAUGGACCAAAUUUCUAUUUAUAUGGCUAGAUUUUUUAUAUUUUACUACUGUUAAGGCUUUAGUGCUUGACACUGUAUGUAUGAACACACUCAAAUACUGUAGAGAACAUGUUAUUCUAAUACUUCUGAAGUCUCAAUGUUACACUGCCACUGAUUUAACAUGAACCAUACUCACAGUCUAGCUGCACAUAGAAAGUGUUUCUGCUAUAUGUAGGAAUAAACAAAACUAAAAUAAAGUUUUGUUUUAAAGAACAUUAGUUUGUGACUUUAUUCUUCCCACGUUCCAUUUUUACCUUCUUUUGUAUCUGUGAUGUUGUAAUGCAAGUCUGAAUUAAUGAGCAUAUUUACAGCUAAUGUGUUAAAGCAUUUUAUGACACUGUGCUGUUGAAUGAUUCUGAUUGGUGAGAAGGUGUUGAUUAAUUUUCCAUAACAGCAGCUCCAACAGUAGAUCCAGCUGCAAGGCAAAUCACUGCUUUAUAUUAAUGUGCUUGAUGUAAUACAUUAUUGUUUCUAUAAUAACCACUCUACCAAAUUGUUGUGGUACAAAAGUCAUGCUGUUUUCAGAAAAUAAUCAACUUUGGGAUGUAAUAGUAACUCAGCUUUACAUCACACCAAGCCUGACUUGAUUACAGCCUCAAGACACCCCAUUGUUUGGUAUGUGCCACACUUCACUUCCACUAAAACCAAUUAAGGCCAACUUCGUAUUCAUGGUUCAAUCAGCAUCAUAUGUUCCUUCAUUACUGCAGCUCUGGCUUAGCCCAAUAAUUUAUAGCCCUCUCUAACCAUACUGAUUAUCACAACGCACUCCUUAAAGGGCCUCUAAGCAAUUACUCAAUACAUACUUAAAUAAGUAAGGGGCAGC